GUAUUCAUCUUUUCAUGGUGGCGUUGUAAAAGUCUUGGGGAACCUUUGUACCAUUUUCCUAUCAGCAAAGCCUGCCCUUACAGGUGCCUAGGAUUUUACCUCUGGUUUUUAGCCUUCACAUUCAUAGUAAUUGUACAUCAUUGGAUGAUAGAAGGGGAUACAGAUAGAGCAAAUGAUAAUUCAUGAAACCCCAGGUGACAAUGAAUCAAAAAUAGUUAUUUAUCCUGUUAUUUCAAGGUAAUCCAUGAAAUCCAAUUGUGAGUACCAUAGAAAAGGCCAUAGGAAGUUAAUAUAGAUAUUACCAGUCCAGAAAUGGCAACUCCAGUGUCGAAUCAUCUGAACACUGUCAGGAUAAAUGUAAUGAAUGUGUUGAACUUCAGUGCAGUGACACAUCCAUUCAAGUCAUGCAAUGCUCUGAGUAUCAAUGCAGUUGACAAUUUGAAUGAACAAAGGGUGAUAUUGGACAACAUAGAUGUUUCUACAAUUUCACAAGAUAUGGUUAUUGAGGAUAAAAAUGAACUUGACAUGACUGCAGAACAGACAAGUUACCCUGUCUCAUUUGAACCAGUUCAAGAACCGGAGGUUGUUAUUGAGGUUAAAGAUGAACCAAAUGUAGAGAUAAAAGAUGAACCGGACUUGACCAAUUCAUCAGCAGUUCAUUUCAAAGCACCUAUAGUUAUUUGUCCUUUUAAUUUUGAAUCAGUUCCAAAACCAGAUGUGGAUAUUGAGGUCAAAGUUGAACCUCAUAUAAAGAUAAAAGAUGAACCGGACAUCACCAGUACAUCAGACACAAUCUUUCAAGAGCAUAGUUGCCCUGUUUACUUAAAUUUGGUUUCAGAACCAGAUAUGGUUACUGGUUAUAAUGAAAAGCCUGGUCUGUCCUAUUCAGUAGAUUCAAAUUUUGCAGCUCGAAGUUUCCCAUACCAAUUAGAUCUGGUUCAAAAACCACAUGUUGUUAUUAAGGUUAAAGAUGAACCAGAUUUAGUGAUUAAAGAUAAACCAGACUUAGUGAUUAAAGAUAAACCAGACUUAGAGAUUAAAGAUGAACCAGACUUAGUGAUUAAAGAUGAACCAGAUAUGAUUUUUUCAUCAGAUGCAAAUUUUGAAGCACCUUCCAGUAGUGACCCUGUCAAAGUAGAACCAAUUCAAGAACCAGAGAUUAAGGAUAAACCAGACAGAACCGGUUCUUCAGGUAAUACAAAUUUUGUAGCACAGAACUACCCAGUCCUAACAGAACCAGUUCAGAUGCCAGAUUCAGCCAGUCAAGCUCUGGAAAAACCAACACAGAGCGUAAUUUUGAAAAUGGGCCCUCAACAUUUUGGCGCAGGAAAGGAGAAAAUUGUAUUAGGACCAGGAGACUUUGGGCCUACUGAAACCAAAGAAUCGAGGUUAAUGAGAGAGAAGAAAAGAAUGGAAGAAAUUGGAUCCUGUUUUUACAAAUGUGGAAUUUGUAAUGAAGAGUUCAGCAAUGCCAUGGAAUUGCAGAUUCAUGUUCAAUUGCAUAAUGGCUAUGAGAAUGAAUUGAUUAUCUGCAACUAUUGCGAUAAAGUAUUCACUGGAAAAACAGGAACUUUCUCGCAUCUUAGGCAUGUGCAUGGGAUUGCUUUGGACUAUGCAAAGAGCACUAAAUCGGAACUGUUACUGCCAUGGGUUCAGACUAACAGAGAAAGUUUCUCAACUUUAAGUGUUCAUCGAGUUAAAAAACUUGAUUGUAGUGUCUGUGGUACCAAAUUCACAUCACUUGAAAUAUAUAAGCUGGAUGAAACUGUGUCCAAUAAAACCUCAGAGGAGGAGCAGAAAACUCAUAAAGAACAUUUGUGUGGGAAGUGUCAGAAAGAUCAUUUCCAAAACUUGAAUACAAGAAGAAGGGAUGGCAAGAAACAAUAUGAGUGCGCUCAAUGUAGAAGGUUCUUCUUCAAGCCGCUGUAUGAAGACCACGUCAGAAGUUUACAUGGCCUGCUGAAACUUUUUAAAUGUAAUGUGUGUGGCAUGAGGAGCGUUUCUCGCCCUUCCCUGUUAGCUCACAAAAGAUCUCAUAAAAAGAGAGGAACAUUAAAUUGAAUUGAA